AGUCUCCGACCAGCUCAGACGAGCGCAGCCACCAAACGCAUCGCGCGCCUGCCCCGGGGAGGAGCGUCACUCCUGCGUCUCGGGGACACUUUUCUUCCCAUCAUCGAGGAAUUCCUUUUUAUCUCACUUACUUUAUUUUAUUUUCGCACAAAGGGCUCAAAGAAAAACGUCAGUCAUUUCUUUAUAUCCGCGAUCAUUUGAAAGUUGUUUCUCACGGACUGAAAUCGCAGUGCAGCACGCACGGAGGGCACCCAGUGCCCAGAAAGUCUCUGUAAAUGUGGAGGCGGACCAAACAGAAAGGAAAUUUUAAAAAGCGCAUGUGGUAAUUCCAUGCAAAGUGUGAGAGAGGAGUAAAAAAAACGAUUUCAGCCCCAGAAGUGAACAUUUGGAAGAGCAUGGACCUGACAGCGCGCUUCCAGCCUGGAAACACUGUCUCUCCAUCGCGGGGUUCCUGUUUUUGUUCAACUCUGAACUGAGGAGAGGAUGAUGUUGCAGUGGAUAGUUAACAGAAAAGCCAGGAUGAGUUCAGCUGUGAAGCCAAGCCCGAUCCUCUCGGUUCUACUGCUGCUGCUGCUGUGGAGCAGAGCCAGCUUCUCCAUCAGCUCUAUAGAUCCCGACUGGUCAGUAGAGGGGAGAUGUCAGCACAUCAACAUCCCCAUGUGUAAGGACAUUGGCUACAACAUGACUCGCAUGCCAAACCUCAUGGGCCACGAUGAUCAGAAAGAAGCUGAACUCAAGCUGCAGGAGUUUGUGACACUCAUCCAGUUCGGAUGCCACAGUCACCUCAAGUUCUUCCUCUGCUCGCUGCAUGCUCCCAUGUGCACAGAGCAGGUGUCUAACCCCAUUCCAGCAUGCAGGGUCAUGUGUGAGCAGGUCAAGCUGAAGUGCUCCCCGAUCCUGGAGAGUUUUAAUUUUCCCUGGCCAGAUUCUUUGGACUGUUCGCGUCUUCCGACCAAAAACGAUCCAAACAACCUGUGCAUGGAAGCGCCGACCAAUGGAUCGGACGAGCCCCCCAAAGUGUCCCACACUCAGCCUCCAGAUUUUAGGCCUCAGCAGCCUCUGGGCGGGAAGGACCUGCACCUGAAGGACAGUGGUACCAAGCAAACAUGCAAUCCAGACAAAUUCCACUUUGUGGAAAAGAGUCAAUCCUGUGCCCCGAAGUGCUACCCCAAAGUGGAUGUAUACUGGAGUCAGGGGGACAAGCAGUUCUCCCUGAUGUGGAUGGCCAUCUGGUCCAUCCUGUGCUUUGUCUCCAGUGCCUUUACUGUACUCACUUUCCUUAUUGACCCGCAGAGAUUCAAGUACCCCGAGAGGCCGAUCAUCUUCCUCUCCAUGUCCUACUGUGUUUAUUCCGUGGGCUACCUCAUUCGGCUUUUUGUGGGAGCCGACAGAAUAGCCUGCGACAGAGACAAUGGUGUGAAUUAUAUUAUUCAGGAGGGUCUGGAGAGCACCGGCUGCACCAUUGUGUUCCUCAUCCUGUAUUAUUUCGGCAUGGCCAGCUCCCUCUGGUGGGUUAUCCUGACCCUAACUUGGUUCCUCGCUGCUGGGAAGAAGUGGGGCCACGAGGCCAUUGAGGCCAACAGCAGCUACUUCCAUCUGGCAGCCUGGGCCAUCCCGGCCGUGAAGACCAUCAUGAUACUGGUGAUGAGGAAGGUGGCUGGCGAUGAGCUGACGGGCGUCUGCUAUGUGGGCAGUAUGGACGUCAAAGCUCUCACAGGCUUUGUGCUCAUUCCUCUUUCCUGCUACCUCAUCAUCGGCACCUCAUUCCUGCUGUCUGGCUUCGUGGCCCUCUUCCAUAUACGGAAGAUUAUGAAAACAGAGGGGGAGAACACGGAUAAGCUGGAGAAGCUGAUGGUGCGCAUCGGCGUCUUCUCCGUCCUCUACACUGUCCCCGCCACCUGCGUCAUCGCCUGCUAUUUCUACGAGAGGCUCAACAUGGACUACUGGCGCAUACUCGCCGAGGAGGAGAAGUGUUUGGACGGCAGCGGGCCGGAGUCGGACGACUGCGUCAUGAAGGCCUCCAUCCCCGCCGUGGAGAUCUUCAUGGUGAAGAUCUUCAUGCUGCUGGUGGUGGGCAUCACCAGCGGCAUGUGGAUCUGGACCUCGAAGACGCUGCAGUCCUGGCAGAACGUGUUCAGCAGGAAGCUGAAAAAGAGGACAAGGAGGAAGGCGGCCAGCGUCUUCACGAGUAGCAGGCCUUACAUUAAGCCUCACCCGUCCCUCAAAGGGCACAACACCAAGUAUGAGCCUACACGCCCCCCCCCAACAUGUGUUUAAAGGAAGCCAAAACUAACUUUUAUAAUUUAUGGCUCAUGCAUUGAGAACAUAUAUUUGUUUUGUUUUGUUUUUUUCAAAAAUGUCACCCAACAAAAGCAGCCUUUCUUUGUGGAAAAUCUACUUUUCCUUUUAAUCUCUUGUCCUUUUGAGGAACUUGGAAUAAAUAAAAGUAUCCUUUGAUUCCCUGGAGAAUAAGAGCGGAGUAAACCAUUUGAAUGUACCUCGGCGUUAUUCAAAUAAUGUGCAAUAGAUAAUUUCGUUUCUGGCUAAAAGACACUUGUAUUGCUGGAGGCAGAUUAUGGACAAUGUUGGAGCCCCAGCAGACAACAGAAGCAAAUGGUCAGAGAGAUGAGUACAUAUUUCAUCCCUUUUUCAUGGAAAUUCAGCCUGUGUCAUAUAUGUUUGAACUGGACUGAAAGCAGCCGUUGAAAGGGGCUGAAGAUCAUGAUGAAAUAACCAUUGUGAGGCGAAUCCUCGCCCAUAAAUUAAUCAAGCACUCUGUGUUGAAAAGAUGUUUGCCUACAAUGUUUUUCUGUUGUUGGUUUUUUUAUUUCCUUGCUGUUUCAUAGCACAAAUGAGUGUUUGUAUAUAUUUCCUUUUUU